AUGCGGCUUCUUCACUUCGAUAGCUCCGAGAGGCUGACCCAAACGAAUUUUAGCGGGAAAACAAUUCCUCCAUAUGCCAUUCUUUCACACACCUGGGGUGGUGACGAGUUCCUCUUCGAAGAUCUAGUGAAUGGCACUGGUAAAAGCAAGGUUGGCUAUGAAAAGAUUCUGUUCUCUGGUGAGCAAGCGGCUCGUGACCAUUUACAGUACUUCUGGGUCGACACAUGUUGUAUUGACAAAUGGAACCUCCGUGAGCUUUCAAGCGCGAUAAACUCUAUGUUCCGAUGGUAUAGAAAUGCAUCAAAAUGCUACGUAUAUCUCUCGGAUAUCUCGACACCUAUAACAGAUGAACAACUACACCAGAGUGUAUGGGAAGCAUCUUUUCGAAAGAGCAGAUGGUUUACUCGAGGCUGGACGCUUCAGGAGCUUAUAGCUCCUGCAUCAGUCGAAUUCUUCUCCUUAGAACGUCGGCGGUUAGGUGACAAAGAAUCCCUCGAGCAGCAGGUAUAUGAGAUUACUGGAAUUCCAGUCGCCGCUUUACGGGGUGACCCUCUAGAGAAUUUCAGUGUAGGGGAUCGAAGGGCAUGGACGGUAGGCCGCCAGACAACGCAAGAAGAAGAUAUCGCAUACUCUUUGAUUGGGAUUUUCGGCGUGUCUAUGGAGUUUAGAUAUGGCGAAGGAAAAGAGAGAGCAUUGAACCGACUCCAGGAAGAGAUGGAAAAAGCUAACACUACACCGUUCAUUGUACCAUUCGACCGAAACGCUAGAUUUGUUGGUCGUGAAUCGCAACUCGCCGAUCUGAGACGAAAACUCUUCGUCGGAGUGUCAAUUACAAAGGUCGCAAUCACAGGUUCGGGCGGUAUAGGCAAAACACAGCUGGCGCUCGAGUUGGCGUACAGAAUAAGAGAAGAGUUUAAGAACUGCUUAGUUUUCUGGAUACCUACAAGCGAUAUGGAGAGUCUUCAUCAAGCGUAUGCGUAUAUUGCUCAACGGCUUAGCAUUCCAGGCUGGGAUGAUGAAAAGGCAGAUGUCAAAAAGUUGGUUCAACUCUACUUAAGUAAAGAGAGCGCAGGGCAGUGGCUACUCGUAUUUGACAUCACGGACGAGGCAAGACUAGAAACCGCCGAGUCAUCUCAGGCAAUUAGCCUGAUCGAGUAUCUACCGGUGUCUGAUCAGGGGGCCAUCGUCUUCACAACAACUGACAGGAUAACGGCUGUCACGUUGGCGUUACAAGAUAUUGUGGAAUUGCCAGAGAUAGAACAGGAUUUAGCUCAAAGGAUGCUGAAAAUGUGUUUGAUCAGCCCGGCGAACGAGCAAGAGGUGGCGGAUCUCUUGCUCAAAGAGCUCGCUUACCUCCCUCUGGCUAUUGUGCAAGCAGCAGCCUACAUCAACUUCAACAAGAUAACGCUCAGACAAUAUCUAUUGCUACUAGCUGAGCAAAAGAAGAAAGUCGUUAAACCUAUCAGUAAAGAAUGUGAGAACGCUAUAGCUACGACUUGGCUUAUUUCGUUCGAGCAGAUUCGUCACCAAGAUACGCUGGCGGCUGAUUAUCUCCUCUUCAUGGCCUGUGUAGAUCCAACGGACGUUCCGCUAGCUCUUCUGCCGGCGACCUCGCCGCGCGAAAAGGGAAUAGACGCGGUAGGAACCCUCGACGCCUACUCAUUUGUCACCAAACGAACGGCUGAAUCAGCGCUCGACCUUCAUCGACUGGUGCAUCUCUCGACACGCAACUGGCUUAAAAAUCAGGAAUUGCUAAGCCAAUGGACUCAAGUUGCUAUUACACGUCUGCUUGAAGUGUUCCCAGACAGUAAUCAUGGGAAUAGAAGUAAGUGGAGACGAUUACUACCGCAUACUACGUUUGCUCUCUCAUUUGGUCACCUUAGACAAGAGAACGGGGCUAGGACGAACCUAGUAUAUAAAUAUGCUACGGCCCUGUUUAGUGACGGUCGGUUCAAUGAAGCAGAGCUAUAUUUCAAUGACGCUCUGCAGAGUUGGAAGGAGAUGUUUGGGCAGGAGUAUCCAAAUACGUUGACCAGCAUGGCUAUGUUGGCUUCGACAUACUGGAAUCAGGGACGUUGGAAGGAAGCCGAAGACUUGGAGGUACAAGUAAUGGAGACGAGUAAGAGGGUGCUUGGGCAGGAACAUCCAAACACGCUGACCAGCAUAGCCAACUUAGCUUCGACAUACCGGAAUCAGGGCCGUUGGAAGGAGGCCGAAGACUUGGAAGUGCAAGUAAUAGAGACGAGAAAGAAGGUGCUUGGGCAGGAGCAUCCAAACACGUUGACUAGCAUAGCCAACUUAGCUUCGACAUACAAGUAUCAAGGACGUUGGAAAGAGGCUGAGGAGCUACAAGCGACACAACUAGAGAUAUGCUCUAGGAAUCAGGGACGUUGGAAGGAGGCCGAAGACUUGGAAGUGCAAGUAAUGGAGACGAGAAAGAAAGUGCUUGGACAGGAACAUCCAGACACGCUGACUAGCAUAGCUAACUUGGCUGCGACAUACUGGAAUCAGGGCUGUUGGAAGGAGGCCGAAGACUUUGAGGUACAAGUAAUGGAGACGAGUAAGAGGGUGCUUGGGCAGGAGCAUCCAAACACGCUGACCAGCAUGACCAACUUAGCUUCGACAUACCAGUAUCAGGAACGCUGGAAGGAGGCUGAGGAGCUGCAAGCGACAGAACUAGAGAUAUGCUCAAGGGUACUUGGGCAGGAGCAUCCAGACACGCUGACCAGCAUGGCUAAUCUUGCCUUAAUAUGGAAAAGAAAUAGCCGAGAUAUAGAUGCCCUUAAGCUAAUGAAGCAAUGUGUAGAGGCACGGGCUAGAAUCUUAGGGGCUAAUCACCCUUAUACUUUGUCUUCCUCAACAAUGUUAGUUGUAUGGCAGACUGAGGAACUGGAGAUUAGUACCUCGGCUGAUAGAUAA